UGCGGUUUCCUUCAGUCUGACAGCCGGCGUGGAAACAUCAUGGUGCUCGAUCUGGACUUAUUUCGGACCGACAAAGGCGGCGACCCAGAAAUCAUCCGUGAGACUCAGAGGAAGAGGUUUAAAGAUGCAACCCUGGUUGAUAAGCUGGUCGCCGCUGACACGGAGUGGAGAAAAUGCCGCUUCACUGCAGACAACCUCAACAAACUGAAGAACCUUUGUAGCAAGAGCAUCGGGGAGAAAAUGAAGAGAAAAGAACCAGUUGGGGACAACGAGUCUGUACCAGAAGAAGCACAGAACCUGGAGGCUCUAACAGCAGAAACACUAUCGGCCCUGACGGUUACACAAAUCAAAAAGGUGCGUUUGCUUGUGGACGAAGCUGUGGAGCAAAGUGACGGGGAGAGGAUGAAGCUGGAGGCGGAGCGGUUCGAGUACCUGAGGGAGAUCGGCAACCUGCUGCACCCGUCUGUUCCGAUCAGCAACGAUGAGGAUGAAGACAACAAGGUGGAGCGUACCUGGGGGGACUGCAGCGCUCAGAAGAAAUAUUCUCACGUUGACUUGGUGGUCAUGAUCGAUGGUUUUGACGGAGAGAGGGGAGCCGUUGUGGCUGGGAGCAGAGGCUACUUCCUAAAGGGCCCUCUGGUGUUCCUGGAGCAGGCGCUGAUCAACUACGCCUUAAGGAUCCUCUACAGCAAGAAGUACACCAUGCUGUACACGCCGUUCUUCAUGAGGAAAGAGGUCAUGCAGGAAGUGGCCCAGCUCAGCCAGUUUGACGAAGAGCUUUAUAAGGUGAUUGGUAAGAGUAGUGAGAAAUCGGACGACAGCUCCAUAGAUGAGAAAUAUCUCAUCGCCACCUCUGAGCAGCCCAUCGCAGCCUUCCUGAGGGAGGAGUGGCUCAAGCCUGAGGACCUGCCGAUCCGCUACGCCGGCUUCUCCACCUGCUUCAGACAGGAAGUGGGCUCCCAUGGGCGGGACACCCGUGGGAUCUUCAGGGUGCACCAGUUUGAGAAGAUCGAGCAGUUCGUCUACGCCUCCCCACAUGACGGCAAAUCGUGGGAGAUGUUUGAUGAGAUGAUCGGGACAGCAGAGGAGUUCUACCAGUCGCUGGGAAUUCCUUAUCGUAUCGUCAACAUCGUCUCUGGUAUUUCUCACGCAGCUCAGUGGAGAGCCUUAAAUCAUGCGGCCAGUAAGAAGCUGGACCUUGAAGCCUGGUUUCCUGGCUCGGGAGCCUUCAGAGAACUGGUCUCCUGCUCCAACUGCACCGACUACCAGGCCAGGCGUCUCAAGAUCCGCUACGGGCAGACCAAGAAGAUGAUGGAUAAGGCAGAGUUUGUGCACAUGCUGAAUGCCACCAUGUGUGCAACAACACGUGUGAUGUGUGCCAUCCUGGAAAACUACCAAACAGAGGAAGGCAUCGUCGUUCCAGAGAAGCUCAGGGACUUUAUGCCUCCAGGUUUGAACGAGAUCAUUAAGUUUGUUAAGCCGGCCCCCAUCGAUCAGGAGGUGCUUAAGAAAGCCAAGAAACAGCAGGAAGGAGGAGGGAAGAAGAAGAAGCAGGGAGGAGGAAACCUGCCCAACGCCAUGGAGAACAUGUCCGUCAACGACUCAUAGACCCCAAAACAUGCCAGCUGCUGUUCCUCACAGACCGCUGGUGGACCAGAGCCUCCAGUUUCAUCAUGAUGAUCAGGGAAUGUUGUUGACCUUAAUAUGAAACGAUAAAGCUAAAAAACAAACAUUCGAAUCCCAUUAAAGGUAAUUUUAGGAUUGGCUCUGUCCCAUCUGUGUCCACCUGAGUGGAGGAGUUCGUUCAUCUCACCCCCUCUUUGCACAUAAACUAUCUGUACUUGCACACUUUCUGUUUGUCAUCAAUUCACCAACAAAAAGCCUAAAACCAACAACAGCCAACCCACCUGUUGAUUCAUUCAGCUUGAGUAAAAACUCUUGAGCUUCAAAACGUUCACCUGCUCUUCGACGACUUCCUGCCUGAAAGUGGCUUUAAAAUGAAAACUGAGGAGCAGGAAAUCUUUGUGGUGAGAGCGGUCAGGUGUUUCAGUUCCUCUCCAUGGUGUCCCCUUUGACCUUUGGAUGUCCUCUGUAUGGACUCGCUAAUGUAACACGAUGAAGCGGCACUUACUGUAAACAAUAAAUAUAAU